ACACGGGGCCAUCCCGACACUCCGCUCAACUCCGCAGUUGGGUUCGCUCGCUCUCCUGUUCGCUGAGGAACCCGGGACAGGCAGACGCGGCAGCAUGUUGGGCCGAGUGGCGUUGAGCACGCGCGGGAGGCUGGCGCCGGCCCUGGCGUGUCUGGGCUCCAGGCAGAAGCACAGCCUCCCCGACCUGCCCUACGACUACGGCGCCCUGGAGCCGCACAUCAACGCGCAGAUCAUGGAGCUGCACCACAGCAAGCACCACGCGGCCUACGUGAACAACCUGAACGUCACGGAGGACAAGUACCGGGAGGCGCUGGCCAAGGGGGAUGUCACGGCCCAGGUGGCUCUGCAGCCUGCCCUGAAGUUCAAUGGCGGAGGCCACAUCAACCACACCAUUUUUUGGACAAACCUGAGCCCUAAUGGUGGCGGGGAACCUAAAGGGGAGUUACUUGAAGCCAUCAAACGUGAUUUUGGUUCCUUCGACAAGUUCAAGGAGAAGCUGACCGCUGUGUCUGCGGGUGUCCAAGGCUCAGGAUGGGGCUGGCUGGGUUUCAACAAGGAGCAGGGACGCUUGCAGAUCGCCGCCUGUGCCAACCAGGACCCGCUGCAAGGAACCACAGGCCUUAUUCCACUGCUGGGGAUUGACGUAUGGGAGCAUGCUUAUUACCUGCAGUAUAAAAACGUCAGACCUGAUUAUCUGAAAGCCAUCUGGAAUGUCAUCAACUGGGAGAAUGUCACCGAGAGAUACCUGGCUUGCAAAAAGUGACCCGCCGCCGCUGUGCUGAGGGCGCUUCGCUCCUCAUCCCUGUGUUACAGUAAAUCCCCAUGUAGGCUGUUGUGUUGCAACGUUUUCCAUGUUGGUUUUCACAUUUCAUAAACAUAUUGUAAGGAGUGAUUGCUUAUUUUGAAGAUUUAUGCAGAUAGCACAUGCUCUGUAGAUGUAGUCUUGGUUGAACCAUGGGUGAGCUGGCUGAGGAGGUCAUCAUUGUCAGAAGCAGCCCGUGCCUGGAGAGCAAGCUGUCUUACCCUUUUCUAUCGCAGCUCUAGAAAAUCCAGUCUUUUGCCCCAAUUGUUGAACAAUAAAAUGGAAAGUGAA